UCUGACUAUACAUUUGAUUGUAGGUGUGGGGCUCUUGGCAACGGCCAUGAAGUUGCAGGUGGUCAAAAGACAAUCCGAUGUGAUCUGUGUGAAAAUUGGUCACACAUUGCUUGUCAGAGAGGUGGCCGAGCCAGCAAUCUUCAUCCAAAGGCAGCAUUUUAUUGCGAUGGAUGCUCAACACAGGAGUCAAAAGCACCACCAACCCGCAACAGCAGGAAAGCCACAACAAAGAAGAAAACGACUCCACUUUACACACGUCUGAUUGCUGGCAAAGGAGCUCUGGCUCGUCUCGGGAAGUAUUGGUAUCCUGUGCGGCUGAUUCAGUCCUAUGACACUGUUAGUCUCCCUGCUAGUGCACGCAACCGAGUACGCUGGCGGGUGGUCUGGUGGCGCGGUUGCAGAUUCCCAUCAAGUUUGGGAUCACCUCCUGGUGAUGUUGAGCAAGGAGAUCUCGUGGAUGAACUUUGGCAGGACGAAGCUAAGAGGCGUGAGAUUCGCCUCGGAGAAUGGAUCCACUCUUGGGAUACUCCUCGCGAAGAAGACUUGAUUCAAAACUUUAUGUCAGCGGAAGUAUCAAAAGAACUGGACGACAUUCUACUACCACAUAUUGCUUCGCUUCAGAAGCUCCUUGACAGUCCAGACUUGAACCAAUAUGGUGCGGAGGCAUACCCCGUGAUAGACUACAUCUUGCGAUCGAAGAAGAAGCCAGAUGGUGUGGGUGCAUACAGCAUACCGUUUUGUGGUGACAUCUCAUCUCACGAGUAUGCCAAAAUUGCACGUUGGUUCUCGGAGAAUGUUCCUGGUGCUUCCGGUCAAGUCGAAAAAUGGCUUGGUGGCAUGCCUUUGGUGCAUGCUUUCACUCUCGUGGUUGCUCACCGAAAGGCCAGUGAUUUUGAAAAACGCAUCGAAGCUCGAAACGAAGAAUGGAACGAUAGCAUGCUGUUGAAGAUGGCUUGGGCUGAUCUCAUGAUAAGCUAUCCUACCAAUAGCUUCGUGGCUGAUGUCGACCUCGAGUGUCUGACCGCACUAGAAGCAAGGAUGUUCGAGGAUUCCGAAGAAGCAGGACCUGCAGGCAACCAGCAGUGGGGUUUGGAUGCUGGCCAACAUCACAGGCGAUGGAAUGUGUAUGUCGGAAUUCCUGAUGAAUGGGUUUCUGCAAGAGAUUAUAGCGAGAGUGAACUUGAAGUGAGGAAGACAUUACCUGCUCCGUUCGAUAGAUAUCUAACUUAUGUGAUUGACAGCGCGGCCCCUUAUUCAGUGAUAACUCUGAUGCUACAUCUUUGGAGUCUGCAGACGAGCUAUCCGAAGCUGUAG